AUAUAAGUGAAAAUGAAAAAAUACACCAACCAAACAGGAGAUGCAGCAUAAACAGAAGACAGAAUAAUUACCUAUAUGUCAACAGUUCCUGUGUGGAGAGCUAUAAGUUACCUGUUGCACAGGGUGCAUAAAUAAUUUAUUGUACCUGGCUGCCACUUGAUACCACACAGACAGAAAAGCCUAAGCCGACACACACAUGGAAAAAGUGUUUGCCAAAGCUGCUGUUUCUGGCUGAAGCACCUUCAUUCCUCAGACACCUUCACUGUGUUUUUUUUUUAUUUUUUAAUUCAUCAUGGAUCUUGUAGAAACCAGUGUAGAUAUUUGGAUGAGUUGGUCAAGAGAAAAGUCUUUGCUGCAGCCUCUGUGGGACAGCCUGAGGCUCAACUACACAGACUAUUUGCGAUCUCCGCUCUUCCCCAUUGUGCUGACUGUCUCUUCAUACUUUGUCUUCUGCAUCCCUUUCCUUCUUUGUGACAUAAUGGGGGAUAAAUGGCCGUGGGUUCAGCAAUUCAAGAUACAGCCGAGCCGCCGACCAACGGCCUCUGCAUUGCUGCACUGUGCAGGUGUCACCUUGUACAACCAUGUGUUUCUUGUGCUUCCAGCAUCUGUGGCCCAGUGGGCGUGGAGGCCACCCGCUGACCUGCCAGACCAGGCUCCAUCCCUGCUGGAGCUGAUCGCCGGGGUGAUAGGCAACCUCCUGCUUUUUGACUUGCAGUACUUCAUUUGGCACCUGCUCCAUCACAGGAUCCGCUGGCUGUAUGUCACCUUCCACGCCAUCCAUCACAAUUACUCGUCUCCCUUUGCUCUUGCGACUCAGUGUCUUGGUGGCUGGGAGCUGGUUACAGUGGGCUUCUGGACCACCCUGAAUCCUGUGAUCCUGAGAUGUCACCUGUUCACUACAUGGGCCUUCAUGGUGUUGCAUGUGUAUGUUUCUAUAGAAGAUCACUGCGGCUAUGAUUUCCCCUGGUCCACAUCUCGUCUGAUACCAUUUGGCAUCUACGGAGGGCCCAGCAAACAUGAUGUGCACCAUCAGAAACCCAAUACAAACUUUGCACCGCACUUUAGUCACUGGGACAAAAUAUUUGGCACACAUGCUGAUUUCAGCUUCUCCUCAGCUACGUAAACUAUUGCGAGCAGUGAGAUGUGUGUUUUUGUGCUUCUUUUUCAAAUCAUGUGCCUGUAAAACAUAUUUGCACACAAAUAGAGCAAAAUUACUGUCAGAACUGUGUUGAUAGUUUUCUGUGUCUUUAGUGACAGUUGCCAAUUCAAUGAAAAUGUUAACAUUUGAACUAUGUGCAUAAUCUAAAUGUGUGGUUUCUAAACUUUGAAAGUGAUCUUGAGCUUUGGGCAUGGCUUAUCAGUUUCUCCCUUAUAUGAAACCUUGUGUUUUCAGUGCAUGUUUAUUUUCUCUUAGUUUAAAACUACAACAAGAAUGUAUCUAGCAAUGCAAUUGUGUAAUCCUGAGUCAAGUAAUGUGACCAGUGACAUUCUAUUACUCUGUGUUUAGUUGGUUCUUUUUGUGGUUAUUUAUUCUGACUUUAUUCCCAGGGAAACAAAUAAGUUUUCAUUGUUUUUAACUUUACUUAUCUUUAUUUAUCUUUAAACUUUCAUGCAAGCAAAAAAUUGACGUGACAACAGAUAAACAUCAGCUACUGCAGUAUUUGCUCACAACAGUGUUCUGCUGAUAUACUGUU